UUUGCCUUGUAAACUAACAAGGGCUGAUUGUUUCACAAACAACCCACUCAAAUUGUUUGGCAAUUGGUAGUAAUCCAGAGAACCCAUAACUGAAAAUAGUGGGAACUAAUGGAGCUGAAAAAAGGAAUUUGGCUGAUCUACCUCCAUUUGAUGUUGUUUCAUGUCAAUGGGUCAGCUUUAAAUUGCACCUGGCCAAAUGCUGAAUCCCUUUAUGAUGCGCUUGACGAAACAAUAUUUUCAAAGAACCAUCUACGCCCUGUGAAUCUGCUUGAAACACCAACAAAUGUCUCCAUCUCUUUCAUUUUGGUUGGAAUUCUCGGAGUAAAUGAAAAAGCACAAACAUUUACAACUUUCUUAUGGAUUCGUCUUGAGUGGAUCAUUGAGGGUUUGACCUGGGACGAGAAGGAAUGUGGUUCAGAGAAACUGUCGGUUAAACGUGAAAACCUGUGGAUUCCAGACAUUUUCAUCUUAGAGUUCAUGGAUGAGGACCAGUCACCCAUAACUCCCUAUGUCUAUAUAGACAGCAGGGGUCAUGUCAUGGAUGAGAAACCACUCAGAGUGGUGAGCUCCUGCAAAUUAGGAAUUCUCAAGUUCCCUUUCGACGUCCAAAACUGUAGUUUAUCCUUUGGAUCCUUUAUCCACUAUGAUUCGGCAAUUCGCAUGGUUCUGGGCCUGUCUGCAGAACGGAUUCUGAGUCAGAGCAGAGAAGUUUUACAGACUGAAGGGGAAUGGGAACUCCUAAACAUCACAGCAGCUGAGAGUUUGUUAUCUUUGGAUGGUGGAGGUUACCACGAUAUAGUAUUCAAUAUUUUGCUCAAGCGUAGACCAGUCCUCUAUGUGGUCAACCUGCUCAUCCCCAGCUGCUUCCUGAACACAGUGGACCUCUUCAGCUUCCUGCUACCCCCACAGAGUGUGGACCGCUCGGCCUUUAAGAUGACCCUCAUCUUAGGCUACACCGUCUUCUUGUUGAUUAUGAAUGACUUGCUUCCGGUCACCGGGAACACCACACCCGCCAUCAAUGUUUUCUUCUCCAUCAGUCUAGGUAUGAUGGUGGGGAGCCUUUUAGAGACCCUAUUCAUCACCCAUAUCCAGAACUCAAGUAACCCUCAUGUACCUCGCUGGGUCCGCAUCGUUGUGCUCCAGUACCUAGCCCCAAUCGUCUGCCUGACCAACAAACAACAAAUUAACCGGGUCACAGUCGACCUCAACCCAAACCCAACCCAACUAGUGACUACUGUGGGCAUGCAGGCUCCUUUCCGUAUCCACCACCUGGAGAUAAAGCCUCGGCCCAUCGCAGUGGAUCACCAGCCAGAGAAAUCAGCCCAUGAUCCUGUGAUGGAGGAACUGAGGAAGCUGAGCCAAGACCUUCGCACCAUCAGCCGCCUGGUGGAGAGACACUUCAAGGAACCACAGACUCUGUGCGAUUGGACAUUUAUCGGGAUUGUUCUUGACCGGUUUCUGUUCUUAAACUAUGUUCUCUUCUUGUUUUCCACCCUCGUCGCCAUCAGUGUCUUGUGGACAUCUUAAAGUUUAAAGUCUAAGCCUUAUGGGCUCUAAGUGGGUCGGCUUAGCUCAGGAGUUAGAGCAGUAGAGCAGUUGUCUUGUAACCGAAAGGUUGCUAGUU